ACGAGGACACGGACCUGCUGCCGGGGGCGGAAAUGACGACACGCCCCGCGGGGAGCCGCGAGGACGAGGGCGCCGGACACGGCGUCCACGGCCCCGAGAACUUGGGGGGGGGGGCGGGGGGUGGUGUCUUGGGGACGGUGACGGCACCGCCCGGGACCUCGUCACGUCGGGAGCUUCGUGGGGUUCCCUAGAGCACCGUGCGCCCCUCCCUCAAGGCGGUCCCGAACGCCGCGGUCCCUCCCACCCGGGCGCGGCCACUUUUAAGGCCGCGGCCCCUUUAAGAACUCACCCGCCCCGCCCGCCGGCGGGCACGUGCGGCCCCACGUGCUCCGGGCCCCUCAGGCCUCGCCCUGCGCACCCGCCCCCUAUUGGCUAAAACUGGGUCAGGCCCCGCCCACCGCUCGCCGCCCCAUUGGCUAAAUCUAGGUCAGCCCCCCCCUCCUUCCCCGCCCCCGCGCGGCGCCCAUGGCUGCGCCGCAUGACUGCCGGCCCCGCCCCCCGUGCUCCUAUUGGCCGCGACGGGCGCCAGGAGGCGGGGCCUGGCAGAGAGAGAGAAGCUCCUCCCUUUUGGGGAGGGGGCGGGGCGACACCUGCAGCGGGGGCGGAGAUUGGAUGGGGGAAUAAACCGAAAGGAGCCAAUGAGGAGAGCGCAACGUGCGCCUAUGGGGCGUGGCCCGGGCCAGCCAAACAGCGCCCCGCUGCCCGGUGGGCGGGGCGAAGGGCGUGGCCCGCAGGCAGGGCGGGCGGCGAUAGGCGCGGAGGAGGAGGGGCGUGGCCAGCGUUAGCCACGCCCUUCUGGGGGGGCGCAGCGCCCCCGCGGGCGGCUCAUGCCGAGGGCACGGCGGGGCGCGGGGCGGCAGGAUGGAGGAGGCGGGCGGGUGCCGUGGGGCCUUCGUGGGCCCCCCCCCCCCCGCCGUGGGAGCGGCCUGGGGCCGCGGGGGAGUUGGAGUACGUGGACCUGGACGAGUUCCUGCGGGAGCACGGGCUGCCCCCCAGCCCUGAGCCCCCCCCCACCCACGAGAGACCGGCCGGUGGGUCCCCCGGCCCCCCCCGGGGUCCCCCCACCCCCCCGGCCCCGGGGUCGCCGCUGCUGGAGACGGAGGCGCUGGGGGGGGCCGGGGGGGGCCCCUUCGACCCGCGGCGGCUCCGGUUCUCCCAGGACGAGCUGCGGCCGCAGCCCAUCGCCCGCAAAGCCCGGAAGGUCCACGUGCCCGAGGAGCAAAAGGACGAGAAGUACUGGAGCCGGCGCAGCAAGAACAACGCGGCGGCCAAGCGGUCGCGGGACGCGCGGCGGCUGAAGGAGAACCAGAUCUCGGUGCGCGCCGCUUUCCUGGAGCGGGAGAACGCGGCGCUACGGCAGGAGGUGGCGGCCGCCCGCCGGGAACUCGCCCGGUUCCGCGCGCUCUUGGCGCGUUACGAGGCCCGGCACGGCGCGCUGUAGGAUCCGCCCCGCCGCCGGCACGACGGGAUCGCCCGGCACGAUCCGGCGCGGCGUCCCCGUAGGGAUCCCACGCGCACCCCGCACCCACGCACCCCACCCACCCCCCCCGUCCGCGUCCCCGGUGGAGCGCGGCGCUGGAUCCCGGCGCGGCGCUGGAUGCCGGCACGGUGCUGGAUCCCGGCGCGGCGCUGGAUCCCGGCGCGGCUCCUACGGCUCCGGAUGCCGAGAGGGAGAAACGGCGGCUGAGAGCCGCGAUCCCGAGCCGGAGUUUGGGAUCGGUCUGGAAAUGGGGCUGGGAUCCGGCGCCGGGAUCCGGCACGGGGAUCUGGUACGGGGAUCUGGUACUGGAAUCUGGCAAUGAGAUACAGCUCGGGGAUCCGGCACUGGGAUCUGGCGCUGGGAUCUGGCAAUGAGAUACAGCUCGGGGAUCCGGCACUGGGAUCUGGCACUGGGAUCUGGCAAUGAGAUACAGCUCUGGGAUCUGGCACCAGGAUUUGGCACUGGGAUCUGGCACUGAGAUACAGCUCGGGGAUCCGGUACCGGGAUCUGGCACCGGGAUCCGGCACUGGGAUCCGGCAAUGAGAUACAGCUCUGGGAUCCAGCACUGGGAUCUGGCACUGGGAUCUGGCAAUGAGAUACAGCUCUGGGAUCUGGCACCGGGAUCUGGCACUGGGAUCCGGCACUGGGAUCCGGCACCGAGAUCCGGCACCGAGAUCCAGCACCAGAAUCUGGCACUGGGAUCCGGCCCCGGGAUCCGGGAACAAGAUCCAGCUCUGGGAUUUGGCACCGGGAUCCAGUAACAAGAUACAGAUCCAGGAUGCGGCACUGGGAUUCGGCACCGAGACAGAACUCUGGGAUCCAGCUCCGGGAUCCAGCACCAGGGUCCGGUAACAAGAUCCAGCACUGGGAUCCAGCACCGGGAUCCAGCACCGGGAUCCGGCACCAAAAUCCAGCUCCAGGAUCCAGCACCGGGAUCCAGCACCGCCCCCCCCCCCAACCUGGAACCGGGAUCUGGAUCCAGGGAGCGGACAGAGCCCCCCCCCCCCCCCCCGAGGUUUGGGGGGGUCCCCAGGACGGACUCUUCCCUCCCCCCCCCCCCCCAAUGCCGGUACCGGGGUGCCCCCCCGCCCCCCUUGUAAAUAUUUAUUCAAAGCACAACACGGGGGGGGCUCAGGUGUCUGGGUGCCCCCCCCCCC